CUUUUCGACAUCAAUCACUUCUAUUCAUCCUGCUACACAAUGGCUUCCCCGGCUUCGCUAGGCUCAAGGGCCUUGCGAGCUAGCCGUCGUCAGUUUUCCGUCCCCGUUUUGCAACAACGAAGAGGUCUGGCCGCAGCAGCUUCCGGAAGCUUUGGGUAUGAAACUGGCGAAGCCAAUGGAGUCAAAUACGCCAGCAGAGACCUGCCAGGACCGACAACGACACUGACCGUCGUCGCCAAAGCUGGCACUCGAUACCAGCCGCUCCCUGGCCUCACCGAUGCCCUCGAGAAAUUUGCCUUCAAGGUGGGUGGUUUCGAAUGACUGAAACUGCAGCAAACAAGAUCUGACCACAAUGCUGCAGUCUACUUCGAAACGCUCGGCCCUCCGGAUUACUCGGGAGACAGAAUUGUUGGGCGGUGAGACAUCAGCCUACCACUCUCGCGAGAACCUCGUCCUCCGAACCAAGUUCCUCCGAGACGAUUUGCCGUAUUUCACUGAGCUUUUGGGAGAGGUCAUCUCGAAGACGCGCUAUACAACUCACGAGCUCGAGGAAGAGGUUUUGCAUGUUAUGAAACUCGCGCAAAAGGGCCUUCUUGCCAGUCCCUCGUCACUUGCGCUGAACUCAGCCUACGGGGUCGCUUUCCACCGGGGCCUGGGAGAACCACUGUACGCUACUUCCUCGACACCCAUCACCAAGUAUCUCGACGCCGAAACCAUCUGGGAAUUCAGCGGUGCCGCGUACGCCAAGAACAACAUUGCCGUGGUCGCCAACGGGGCCAGUCACUCUGAGCUCGGAAAGUGGGUGAAGGAAUUCUUUGGCGACGUUUCGGAGGGAUCUCAAAAGUUCAAGAUCGAGAGCCAGCCGACGAAGUACUUUGGAGGUGAAGAAAGAAUUGCCCACAACUCCGGCAACACCAUGAUCCUGGCCUUCCCCGGCUCGAGUUCCUUCACCACCACGUCUUCCUACAAGCCGGAGCUUGCGGUUCUCGCGGCCCUCCUCGGAGGAGAAUCUUCGAUCAAGUGGUCGCCAGGUUUCUCCCUGUUGUCAAAGGCCGCAAGGGACUUCCCCGCCGCCCACGUCUCGACCCAGCACGAAGCCUACUCGGACGCCGGCUUGCUCUACGUCACGAUCAGUGGAAACGCCCAGCACGUCGCCAAGGCCAGCAAGGAGGUGGUGGCUGCAAUCAAGAAGAUCGCCUCGGGUGAAAUUGCGGAAGAGGAUAUCAAAAAGGCCACGGCGCUCGCCAAGUUCCGAGCCCUCGAAGCCGGCCAACUGACCCAACCGGGACUCGAAGCCACCGGUACUGGUUUGAUUUUGAGCGGCAAGCCCUUCCAGAUUGACGAAAUCGGCGCGGCGAUCGACAAGGUCUCCUCGGACAAGGUCAAGGCCGCCGCAAAGAGCCUCCUGGACUCCAAGGCUUCCGUGUCGGCGGUGGGAGAUCUGUUUGUCCUUCCAUUCGCCUCGGACAUUGGCUUGAAUGUUUAGGUCCCCUUUUUUUUCAAAAAAAAAAGGAUCGAAAUGGACGACGACGGCCUUGGUCCGGGAAAGAGGUUUGAUUUGUUGACCGAGAGGUAGGAGGUGUAUCGUUAAAACCUUGUAAAUAUCCAGCCGGGGACAGUGCCGACCAAGAAAGAAAAAUUCGGAUAGCAUUGUUGUAUACGAAAAAAGAACAAAAAAAGAGAGAUUCAGCCUUAACGUCGCACCGUUUGUGAGAACCUACCUUCGAGGGAGUUGCGAGACUUUUGCAUUCGAAACGUGAAAUCCUCCCUUCGUCAGCAUGGACGAUAUCGAUCAGACUCGUUUGAUUUUUUUUUGAAUUAAUGUUUAUCAAUACUCGUUGGCACGCAAAUCCGGC